CCGCCCUAACAGGAAGAUCUCACUGGGUUCUGAUCCUAGAGUAUCCAAGCUGGGUAUUUCCAGCUCAGAGGUGGUUGCCUUCGUGAAGUCUCCAGUGGGCCAGUACCUGGACAGGCAUCCUUUUCUGACCCUCACCUUGCUGGUGUUUGCUGCUGUGUCAGCCGUUCCUGUUGGCUGCUUCCUGCUCCUCGUGGUGCUUACCUCCCUGGCUGCGUUUGUGGGAGUCAUAUUACUAGAAGGACUGGUCAUCUCUGUGGGCAGCCUCUCACUGCUUUGUGUCCUCUGUGGCUUGGGCUUCGUGUCACUCAUCAUGUCGGGGACAAUCAUAGUGUCCUACAUGGUAGUCUCCAGCCUCGUCAAAUACUGGUUUUCUCCCAGGUAA